AUGGCGUCUUCCAGCGCCACACCGCCGUCGACGUCGUCGUCCGAAGCAGCUUCGCCCAGUGUCGUUGCUACUCCUGACGGCUCAAGCGGUGCAAUUCUGCGAAGCCGUCCGAAGCAGCUGGUCAACGAUCCUGCGCGCACCGGCUUCGAUCCGGAGACGAAAUGGUGGAUGAACUACUUCAAGAUCCUGUCGAACCAGAUGACCCCUGAGGGCAGGUUUCACUACAGAGAAUGGCGGUACAAGGUCCACGAGGAGCGGGACUGUAAACGCUGUGAAGAGCACAAGGACUGGCUCUUCACGUAUUCCCCCGUAGUCAGAUUUCUUUCCGAGAAGAUCCACGACCUCGAUGGCAAGCUGGACCGCUCCAACGUCCAUUGCCGCCGGUGCCCCUCCAUCUUGGAGGAGGAUGGAACGGUAAACCGCCAAGCCGGCGGCUUCGAUCCCAACCAUGGCAUCUUGAUAUGUGCAAAUGAGAUGCGAGACCGUAAGCACAUGGAAGACACUGUGGCACAUGAAAUGGUCCACGCGUGGGAUCACCUGCGGUGGAAGAUGGACUGGGUAGGAGACAAAGACUUGAAGCAUGCUGCAUGCACCGAGGUCAGUCUACGAAGCCUGCUUUAA